UAUAUACGUAUAUAAGAUUAUAUAAGCUACGUAAUUGCUUGAAUAAUCUGUAGUCUACAUCACACGAUGCGACGUUUCAUGUUAGAUCGCUAAUUGCAAUCUAGUAAAUUACUAAAAUUGCAUCACACCGUAUAUUUCUAAUUUCUAGUUUGCAAUCUAGAAUGGAAACUCGCAUCGUGUACAAUAGACUUAAUAAAAAGAUUUCCAUAAUCCGUGAUUAACACUGUUGCAUGUUCGAAUUAUUCGCUCGAUUAUCAUGAAGCGAACAUCAUGAAUAUAUAGUAGUCAUUCGCGAACGUUCAGGAAGUGAUUUAAAAACUAAAGCAGAGCAGAGAAUCAAAGAAAACAAUAUUCGAAUAAAUUUGCUAAUUACCUGACCAACAAACGAUGUUCAUCACUAUAUUGCUAUUAUUUAUCCUUAUUAUAUUGGUUUGCAAUUUAUAUACGCAUUACGGAAAAAAUGGACGACUUAUCAAUCUCAUACCAGGACCAUCAAGUAAACCGAUUUUUGGAAAUAUCUUGGAGUAUCUUGGUUCACGAGAGGAACAAUGGAACACUCUAAUUACCCUUAUUAAUAAGUAUUAUCCCAUUUUUAAAUUUUGGGCAUUCUUUGUGCCCAUUGUCUCUAUACGUCAUCCGGAUGAUCUCGAGACAAUAUUAAGCAGCAAGAAGCAUAUGGAAAAGAAAUUGUUUUAUGAUCGUCUAAUACCUUGGUUGGGUGAUGGACUUUUCCUUAGUGAAGGUAAUGAUAUUAAUAUGGAUAAUAAGGAUAUAAGCAUUAAGUUUUGUUUUGGCUACCAAGUUUUCAUAUUGAUGAUAAAAUAGACUACUCCAAAUAUAUUUAAAUAUAUGUUAUAA